UCUCCUUCCAGCACUAUGCAGAUCAACUUCAGUGGACUCAGGGCCCUCGUGACCGGGGCAGGGAAAGGGUUUGGAAGGGAUACAGUGAAGGCGCUGCAUGAUUCUGGGGCCCAGGUGGUGGCUGUGAGCAGGACUAAUGAGGAUCUGGUCAGCCUUUCCAAGGAGUGUCCAGGAAUAGAGCCAGUCUGCGUGGACCUGGGAGACUGGGAGGCCACUGAACGUGCUCUGGGAAACAUAGGCCCCAUAGACCUAUUGGUCAACAAUGCAGGUGUACUUCUGGAGCAGCCCUUUUUGGAGGUUUCCAAGGAGGCUUUUGACAGGACCAUCAAUGUGAACCUUCGCUCUGUGAUCCAGGUAUCCCAGAUGGUUGCCAAAGGGAUGAUUGCUCGAGGGGUCCCAGGAUCCAUUGUCAAUGUCUCCAGUAUGGUCUCUAGGGCUGCUGUUAUCAACUUGACCAGCUACAGUUCCACCAAAGGUGCAAUGGACAUGCUGACCAAGAUUAUGGCUCUGGAGCUUGGGCCACACAAGAUCCGGGUAAAUACAGUGAAUCCCACAUUGGUCCUCACUCACAUGGGCAGAAAGUUCGCUACUAAUGUGGAAUUUGCUAACGCCCUGAAGGAACGCAUUCCCCUGAAGAAAUUUGCAGAGGUAGAGGACGUGGUUUACGGCAUCCUCUUUCUUCUGAGUGACAAGAGCGCCAUGGUCAAUGGCUCAGGCAUCCUGGUUGAUGGCGGGUACUUGGCCUGCUAGGCUCCAAUGGGAGGGACCCCCAGAGGUUAGAGCAGAGAGUGGGAAUUCUGUUUCAUUCCCACUCACCUUCCCCCCACCUGUAGUAAAGCCCCUCACUCUCCCAUUUUCCCUCUUCUCAAUCAUCAUCCCUUCCCAAACCACCUAGCUCUUAGUGGUCUAGGCUCUUGUGGGGUGUUUGUGUGUGUGUGGGGGGGAAUGGUCCUGGAGGGAGAGGUAGAGGGGGAGUGUAAUUACUAAAGGGCAGU